AUGGCUACGGCGUUCGAUAUCUCGCCUGAGCAAAGAGCAACCCAACUCCACUACUUCUACGCCAACUUUUCGUCACUCUCCCGCUCCGGCGGGCUAGGACUAGAAACAGCACGCCAGCUUCUAGACCUGGGAUGCAAAGUAAUCCUGGCCUUACGCGAUGAAGGGGAAGGCGAAAAGGGUCGAAAGGAUCUCGCCAAUGGCCGGGAUCUUCCAUCCGGAUCUAUUCAGGUUUGGAAGUUAGACCAUUCAUCCUACGACUCUAUCGUCACCUUCGCAGAGCGUGCUAAACACCUAGACCACCUCGACAUCACUAUUCUCAACGCCGGUGUGUUCAAAGGCUCGGAGUCAUUCAGCUCGACUGGCUACGAGGAGGGUACCAUGGGAGACCUCUAUGGAACAACAAAGCUGCUCGGGCAGCUGUUCCUGACGGAGCUGUCAAAGUACGUAUCUCCAUCCGCGGUCACUCUCUCUUGUGCCAACCCAGGAUUCUGCCGCGGCUCAGAUCUUGCCCGCGAAACCCAUGGCAUCGUCCGCUUCAUUUACAGGAUCCAGUCCUACUUGCUCAGUCAGACAUGCGCUGUUGGCGCUCGCACAUUGGUCCACGCGGUUACUACCCUCAGCGAGCAGGCGCAUGGGCAGUACAUCGAGGAGGCGAAGAUCCAGCUCAUGGCGCCCAUCGUACACAGGCCUGAAGGUUUGCAUCUUGCGAAGCAGCUUUACGAUGAAACCCUAGACGAACUUUCGUUUGCUGGCGCCAGAAACAUCGUUGCUGAGAUAACAAAAUCUAGGUAG